UGCUGCUGGUACUAUCCUUACCCCCUUCAUGAUGCCCAGGACAUAAGAAGGGGUGGGGGGACCCAGAUCUGCUGGUUCUGGAGCCCGAACUGGAGGACAAGUCUGUUUUGUUCUGCAUCAGUCGUCAGAAUCCAAGGUCUGACCACAGAGGCCAUUGGAGGAGAAGCACCACGUGACUCAGGGUGCCAAUGUUAUUCUUUACGGGUGUCAGGACCCUGUCAGUUUGUGAAAUAAAUAUUGGGAAACAACGAAAUGCAAAAAGCGACCUACUACGACAGCUCUGCGAUCUAUGGUGGAUACCCCUACCCAGGAGCAAAUGGUUACACUUAUAAUGCAAGUCAGCAGCAAUAUCCCUUGGAAAGUGACUAUCAUCGACCUGCCUGCUCUCUGCAGUCACCUGGCAGUACAGGGCCACAUCACAAGGUGAAUGACAUCAAUGAGAGUUGUAUGAGAGCCAUCAAUACUCAAUCAAGUCAAGAUCAGCAACAGCAGCAACCUACACCCCCCUCUGUGUCCCCACCUGAGCAACAUGCCAAUAAUACAGCCACAGCCGCCACCACCAAGGCCUCGGGUAUUUCCUCACCUACCAUGUCCAAGCAGAUCUUCCCCUGGAUGAAGGAAUCUCGGCAGAACACUAAGCAGAAGGCAACAGCAGCAGCUGCAGCUACAGGAGGGAACUCCAGCUCAGGUGAGAGUUGUGCUGGUGACAAAAGUCCCCCCGGGCAAUCUUCUUCCAAAAGGGCCCGCACCGCUUACACAAGCGCCCAGCUGGUAGAACUGGAAAAGGAGUUCCAUUUUAACAGAUACCUGUGUAGGCCUAGAAGGGUGGAGAUGGCAAACCUGCUCAACCUUACAGAGAGGCAAAUAAAGAUCUGGUUCCAGAAUCGGCGUAUGAAAUACAAAAAGGAUCAGAAAGGGAAAUCCAUGAUGACGUCAUCGGGUGGCCCCUCUCCCUGCAGGAGUCCUGUACCGCCAGCAGCUGUUGGGGGGUAUCUGAACUCUAUGCAUUCUCUGGUAAACAGUGUCCCUUACGAGCCUCAGUCUCCCCCAGCGUUUAACAAACCCCAUCCUAACUCCUAUGGUGUGCCUGCUCCAUACCCCAGCCCUCAUCAUAACAAUUGCCCCCCUCAUCAGAAGAGGUACACAGGAACUGCUGCUGUCACUCCAGAAUAUGACACUCAUCCACUCCAAGUCAGUGGUGGUUAUGGCAAUCCUCAUGUACAGGGAAGCCCCGUCUAUGUGGGGAGCAAUUAUGUGGAAUCCAUGACUAAUUCAGGGCCUUCCAUGUUUGGUCUAUCUCAUCUUACCCAUUCCUCCUCCAACAUGGACUACAAUGGACCAGGACCCAUGAACAGUAAUCACCACCAUGGACCUUGUGACACCCACCCUACAUAUACAGAUUUAUCUUCUCACCAUAGUUCUCAGGGAAGAAUUCAGGAAGCACCCAAGUUGACACAUUUGUAAUGGACACCAAUGUGUGUAAGGGACAUUGAUGACAUUCUUAUUUUUUUCUACCUUUAAUUCAAGUAAUUCCCUUAUUUUAUAUUUUUACUUUAUUUUUUUAUUUUAUUUUAUUUUUGUAAAAUUAUUAUUUUUUUUUGGUCUGCAAUAUUAAUUGCUUUUGUUUUUGUUUGCAUAGUCCCAGUCUCCUACUAUGAACACUACCUGGAGCAAAUAUCUUUGUAUUUUAAUCUACACUUUUAUCAAACAGGGUAUAAGAACAAAUUUUAUAUGAAAUAUCUUCUUUAAAUGUGAAUUUGUUCCUACAUUUGUUAUCCCACAGGGAAACGAAUUAAAUUAUUAUUGCACUUCCUUUAAAUUGCUAGAUAAAUAUCCUAAAAAAAAAAAAAAAAAAAAAAGCGCUUGAACAAGGUGAUCAGCCUGGAUCAUUACAAUUGUAGUCAUAAAAUGUGUGUAUGCUGGGGCAUCAGUUCCGGAUAAUUUAUUAUUUUGUUUUUCUGCAAACAAAUGUAUCGAACUGUUUACAUCUUUAUUUAUCCCAUCUCUCAUAUUUAUAAACAAUACAUGGCAGAUUCAGGUCUGGAUAUUGGCCUUUUUUGUUGGAUGGGAUAAUGGCACAGGAAACGAUGGUAACAAAGAAUCAAAUAAAAGAUGCAAUAAAAUGGUAGAUAAAAUAUCAGAAUUUGUAUAUUUGAUUAUAUGCGACAUAACAAAUACAGGCAUGAAAUAAUAAAUAAUACAAUGAAACAUAAGAAAGAGAUAUAUAUCAUACAUGGAUUUCGAACCGUGUUAGGUCUAUUGUCAAUUCACUGAAGCAGCAUUGGAAGGUAGGGAAGGAAACUGCAGCUUCUUUUGUAGCACAGAGCCAGGGAGAGAGUGAUUGAUAAGAUGGCUGAUAAUGGAGGUCCGGUAGGUAAUAGCUUUGUGCUGAUGGGCUUCUUACGCCAUGUUGUCUUCCAAUCUGCAACAUCAGCUCCCAGGCAUCUGUUCACAUGGAAUGAUUUCUGCUUCACUCUGCCUCCUCUUCUGGUGGAGCUCAUUGUAGGAGAAUGCACAUUUUACUCCUACACUUUUCCCUAGUAAUGGACAUUUAUGUGGGUGGCUUUGUUGUUAGAUAAAAAAUAAAGAGGAGAUAGACACAAAAGGCAAAAUACCAAAUCAAACAAAUCAAAGGAUGUGGGCAUGUGUGUGAGAGAGAACUGAAGAUAGAUAUGUAUAGAUAAAGCUCUAUGGAUGUAUACAUUUAUAUUUAUCUGUGAGCUUACAUUUAUAUGUACAUGUGUCUGUGGAUGUAUACAUAUAUGUACUAGUUUCAUAAAGCCUCACCACAUGUAUAUAUGCUUGUUUUAUAAAUCCUCCCCACAUA